AUGCCUACUUUUGAGAAGAGCAGCGUUCGAGAUGCGAAUCCAUACUCUGGGCCCAUUGAUCCGCCACCAUACCAGCGCGCCCCCUCUUCGGAGUUGUCUCUCCCUAGUCUCAGGGGUAACAAUGCCUACCAGGAGACACUGAGCAACAUCUCGCAUUCUCGGUACUCUUCGAUGGAUCGUGACUCGAUUCCCAAGUAUGAACAUCUCGAUUCGGUUCCAAGUCCGAAUAUAACCAUCAAGUCAGGCAACAUGAGGUUCAUGAUUCCUCCUUGGAAACAUCCUUUCACUCCCAUGGACACUACGCCCUCGAGUUCUAGAGUACCGCGCAACGCAAGCUCCCGAGUCACAUUCGAUUCUUCACCCCAUGAUCUCGAUUCACCACUAGAAUCAGGGCGUGAUUACUUCUAUGGCGCAACGUAUGAGGAAGAACCGUCCGGCUCUUUGUACAAUCUCAACGAAUGGCUAGAGACGAGCGGAAACCAGGACCCCUCAAGCAGUGACUUUGUCCACCAUACAUUGCCCGAUAGUCAAGUGUCUCAGGAACUGUCAGUUACUUCGAAAGGCUGCCACCAGCAUGGCCGCAGCUUAGAACCAAAAGUUCGAACGGUUGCGGAGCUCGCGAAGUCUAGCGCAUUUGAUCUCACCGGGCAGAAGGGGAUACUGAAAGCUGUUCCAUCGCCGAACUUGCCGCCCUUGUACCACCAAGAGGGAAUGCUUGACUUGGCUACUUACAUUGCCUCACGGGAUCCGAGUCCCACGGACCACACGCAAGCUCAAGUGGAUGUUGCGAGCCAUCACCUUGCGGCUAUAACACCCUCUCAUGGGGAAAUGAACACUUCAAAUAACAUUUCAGCCUGUCUGGAUUCCCCUCGCCACCUCAAGUCCACCGACAGCCGCAUGAACCAUCAUUAUGGUUAUUCCUUCACACCAGAGAUGCAGCCAUACAAUGACGGCGAUGGCUCAAAAGAUUCUGCAAUCGGCCAGGCAGUGACGCCGCGCGGAUUCCCAAAACACAAAUCAGCAUCCGAGCUCGUCGCAUACUGGGAGUCAAUGCAAGGUAGCAACGAUGCCAACAAUGCCACGCCGGCCAAGCAAGGCUUGCCAUAUCGACCUAGGGCCGAUUUUACGACCUUUUCUCCUGAUUUUAGGGGAAGCACGGAUCGUACUAAUUUCGGUAAAGCACCCGAAGAAAAGCUUUAUCCUGUAGCUGAGCAUAUCUCAGUGCCAUCAGAUAACAAGUUCAACUCAGCGGCAAUGUCAUCAGCCAUGGGAAACUUGAACCGCACAAGAGCCUGGCUACGAGAUCUUAUCAAGCAACAGCCUUACAAGAAGAAAUUCACUGAGCUCCCGCGCAAGGAUUCAAUGCAUGAGCGCUUGUUGGACGACUAUGACUCUACGUAUCCUCGAUCACUGCUGAGGAAAUCCACAGCCGGUGCCUCGAUAGACAUGAAAUUCCGAAGUACUGUCAACAACCUGGAGAAUCUUCUCAGUGAAGCAAUGGAGCUGGCAGCAGCAACCGCCCAACGAGAAGUUGACCACCAGUGCCCAGACUACUAUGAGCUUGACGAGCUUGCUUACUGCAAUGUGCCAACACCUCCCGGCGUACACAAGAGUUUUCCCAGCGAAAAUGGGUCUAUGGUGAAUGAGGUUGGCGACUUUGACUACUGGACUGCUGUAGAACGCGCCUUGGGAAUAGAUCAUAGCAGUGAAAAUAACAUACGGAAACCGAAGCAUUACCGGUCAGCUCCAGGAAUGCACAGUAGGAACGUGGCAGUCAAAAUUCCAAAAAGAAAAUCCAGUCUGAUGAAACCAAAGAUCAAACCAAGCUACUCGACUCUGGGUGGCCCUCGCUACGAAGAACUAGGCGGAGAACCUCCAGCGCAGGGCCCGGCUCCAGGGCCAGCUGGCCUAAGGACCAAGCAGUCGUCAAGAUUAGAAAUCCCAGUUAGUUCAUCAACCAGUACAGACUCGCCGCCUCCGUCCGGGUGUCUGCCGAGGGUUGCUUCAAAACUAAGAAGCUACCGCAGCUUUGGCGCGAUACGGCCUCUACGCCAUAUCAGUUCGCUGCGGCCACAAGCUGAUGGUGCUAUGGAUACCCCCGGUGAUGAGAGUGAUUCCACAGUUUAUCAAGGGCUCGAUGGACCAGCCACGUCAACCGGGGGCCGUUCACAGCAAUUUCAAGCUGCUUCAUGGACUUAUGGCGAUGAUUCAAGGGGCCUGGGGGAAGGGGAGCCAAGGGACGCGCCAGAUACUCGCAUUGAUCUGCGUGGAAGGUCUCAUGUCAGCCUCCGUGGUUACCAGGGAUUUAGCCUGGCACGAGCGUACCGUCGACAACCAGUAGCCCGAGACUGGUCUACUGCCCGUAAAAGGUUCGUUGCCGGAGUCGCAUGUCUGAGCACCGCGUUCAUCGGCAUGGUCAUCGGCAUCUAUGCUGGUCUUGUCCCAUCCAUCCAGUACUGGAUAGCUGAUCUCAAUCACUAUGCUAUCCUGGGUAAUUUCUUCUUCUACUUGGGCUUGGCCAUUCCUACCUUUUUCUUCUGGCCUUUACCGUUGUUGCACGGUCGGAAGCCGUACAUCCUAUCAAGUUUGAUACUAGCGAUGCCUUUAUUGUUCCCCCAGGCUAUUGCCGUCAGCACAUGGCGGUCACCAUAUGUGAGCACUUGGAGGUGGGCUCUGCUAGGCUCACGCGGAUUCAUGGGGCUCACUCUUGGGUUCGCGAGUAUGAACUUCCACUCCAUGCUGACAGAUCUGUUUGGGGCCUCGCUCAUGAGCGGAACUCCACAUCAGGAGGUAGUCGACAAGUUUGACGUACGAAGACACGGAGGCGGCAUGGGCGUUUGGCUGGGACUGUGGACGUGGUGCUUUACUGGGUCCAUUGGCAUCGGAUUUCUGAUCGGAGCAGCGAUCAUCAACAAUUUUAACCCCUCAUGGGGCUUCUACGUCAGCAUCAUGAUGAUAGCUGUCGUGCUUCUUCUAAAUGUUAUAUGCCCGGAAGUCCGACGCUCCCCUUUCAGACGAUCUGUGGCGGAAGUCAAGGACGGUAAACAGUUUACAUGGACGUCACAUCUUCUUCGCCGCGCCAUAUUUCUCACCCUUUUGCCUAUCCUAGGCAUGGCAUACACGGUGUCUUCCGCUGGAGGCCACAUACCGGUACCUGUUCCUGUUCUUUUUGCCACUCUGAUGGGCACCAUAUCCGCCCUGGCAGUAGCCGAAUGUAAUGGACUCAUCAUGGAGAAUUUCGACUGUUCCGACCUACUCCCGGGUAUGAUUGGACGUCCCAGAGGGUAUUCGAACAAGCAACCCAAGCGCACGAACUACUCGUCACACCCGCGGAUAGCUGCUGGGUUUGCUGUCUGUCAUACCUUUGGCUUCCUUCUUGCGGCAUUAGCAACCACUGUGGCUGGAAGAGCACAGCGAAACCUCGGUCAACGAGAGGCAACUGGUAUCGUAGCUGGCGUGCUGUUUCUGUUGACUGUCCUUUUGCUUGCAGUCCUUGUUCGCUUCAAGGAAAUCGAAAUUAUCCCAAGCUCGAAGACAGUCGAGAUGGAGAAGUGGCAGAAGAUCCGUCGUGAAAGCAUUCGCAAAUCUAUCAUCGAAAUUAAAGCUGGGAGACCCCUUCCAGUAACCAUGACAGAUGAAGAGAUCUGGCGUCCACGCCUUCCUGGAAAUCCAUCGAGCCAGUUCCGAAGAGUCAAUAUUCUGGAGUUGGGCGCUAUGACAAGAUGGACCGAAAUCCGGAAGAAGAACAAGCUGAUUGACGAAUCGGCCGCACAUUUGAAUCGGGCAGCGCUCGAGUCUGCGCGUAUGGCUGUUGAGAAUGCCACUGGGAUUGGAGCAAGGACAACAAACAUUAUACGAAAAGUCAGUAGUCGCAAGGGAAGGAGAAAGCAGGGUCAGUCCCAACGCACGAUGUACAAGCACCUAGGUGUGCCACUUCAGCCGGAAGGAGCAGGCCCAAGUCGUGGUGAUACCGCGUCACAAAACAGGUUUGGUCUUUAUCGGUUUGAUGCCGAACCAGCGAGGGCUGGUAAGCAAACACCUACUCUUACAGUGCCUCCAGGAUCGGAUGGUUUGUCCUUCAAAGCACAUUCUGACUUAGACACCGGGAGUGUGCUUGAGCGUCCCGUUCCUGAGGAGGAUGAGGACAUGGUUGACUUUAUUACUUCUUCGGAAGAGGACGGGAACGACAGGAUUGAGUUGGAUGAAUUGGGGCCCUUGGAGGGCUCCCCAAGCGGACAUGCAAGGAAAGAGGUUUGA